AUGGCCAGUCUACCGCCUCAAGAGUACCCGCCCCAGCCUCAGGACGUGCCGAUGGAGGGCGUUCAGCAGCACCAGCCUCCCCCGCCGCACGGGCACCCCGGCCCGCCCGAUAUGAUGCCGCCACCUUCGACGCCAACGCCCGCACCGCCGUCCCGCAAGCGCAAGAAGAACGACAACGGCGAGCCGUCUUCCCCAGCCGAGCCCCGACGUCUCAGGCGUUCCCACGAGGCCUGUGCACGCUGCAGGAGCAAGAAAAUAAAGUGCGACUCGAAGCAUCCUCGUUGCUCUGCGUGUGCCACAGCGGGAACGCCCUGUCAUCAGGAGGACCGCCACCGGCAGACAUUGACGCCCCGUGGUUAUCAGGAGCGUCUCGAGAGACAGCUUGCGCUCUGCGAUGCACUACUUAAGCACUACAAUCCCAACUUCGAGAUGGACAACAUCGAGGACGCAAUGCGCCAGGUCGGCUUGCCUACAGAUCCUCCCACUGGACCGGACGGUCAAGUCUCGACGGCUUUCCAGUUCUCUGCCCCUGGACCUGGCUCACCUGGCUUCCCACCUCCUCCUCCCGGAAUGAUGCCACCUGGGUACAUGCCGCCGUACGGGUACCCUGGUCCGCCGCCGCCGGGCGGUCCUUACCCACCGCCGCCGCCAGGCAUGAUGCCGCCGCCGCCGCACAUGUUCAACCCUCAUAUACACCCCGCGUUCCAGCCUCCUCCGAUGCCACCGGCUCAGACCACGCCCCCACCUCCCAACCAGAGCUCCCCGCCGACCCCUGCGACCCCUAUGCCCACCACUUCGGUGCCACCUCCCGUUCAGCCCGAGGGUCCCGGUCCCGACAUCAAGGGCAGCGACCCACGUUCGAACAACCUAGCCAACAACCUCGCGCUCGCCAAGAGCUUCGGCGUGUCGAGCGAUAUCAUGCAGGGUCUCGCCCUCGGCCCCCACGGCGCCGACAAAGAGGAUAUAUCCGUUGGCGGUAACGCUCUCUUCUCCGGCCGUGACCGCGAAGUGAGCGAAGGCGCCGCCCCGCGCGACCCUUCGAUGUGGCUGCACCACUUCGUGCGCCGCGGAAGCAUCGCGCCCGUACCAACUCCGAACCCUACACACGCCACGCCGCAGCCCGUUAUGCCGACUGUGCCCGUCUGGCUGCCGAAGGACAGGGAGUUCGUGGGCGUCAUCGUGAGCUCGUACUUCGAGCGCUUGAACUUCCAUCGUCCGGUGUUCCUGCAGCACGAGUUCAAUGCCCAGCUCGACCAGAUGUACAAUGGCGGGACGUCUGUGCUGGACCCGGGAUUCUUGUGCUCGGUGUACCUUGUGCUUGCGCUCGGUACGCUCAGCGAGCUUAGUCAUCGCGCGCUUAAGGCGGCGAAUACCGGCAAGGGACAGGAUAAGCCUGGAGAGCAGAGUACGAAGAGUCUGAUGCCGGCGCAGUGGCCUGAGCAUGAGGAGUUCUUCGAGCGCGCGCUUGCGGUGAAGCCAGAGUUGAGGGUCACCGUGAGCAGUCUGCAGGCGCUGAUCCUGCUUCAUUGGUAUCUCUACACCGAGAGACAAGGACGGACGCUCUGGCGUCUUGUUGGCAGUCUCGUUCGCCUGGGUAUCGAGCUCGGGCUCAACCACGACCCGAGUACCCAGAACGUCUUCAACGAGGAAGAGAGCCAGCUUCGUAUUCGUCUCUGGGGCAUCAUCCUCGUGCACGACCGUGGAACGUCGAUUCUACUCGGCCGUCCUCUCGCCAUCGCGCCGAGCGAUUCCUCUACGCCUCAACCCACCCUCCCGCUUCAGAAGCACGGCCGACGGGACUUCAGCGAGCACUUCCUGUUCAGCCCGCCCAUCGCCGCAAUUCAAGCGGAUAUCAUCCAGAGCCUGUACUCGCCGCAGACCGUCACGUCCGACCAGAUCCAGCGCCACGCCACGCGCAUUGUCAAAGGCCUCGUCGCAUUCCGCACAUCCUUGCCCGACCGGUACCAGUACUACUUCUCCGGUACCAAGGACUGGUCGCUCGAGCGUCGUUACGCGCUCGUUCAGGAUAUUACGGCCGACGAAGGCCUGACGCUGCUCAAGAUCGGCAUUACGCGGAUCAUGUUGCUGCGCGCGGUCUUCAGCAAUCAGGAGCUGCCGAUCCACAACAGGCGCAAGGCGCUCAUGGACGCGAUCAUCGUCAGCCAUAACAUCAUCAUUGUGCACCACUCGCUCAUCCGGUUCCCGGACAUCGCGUUCUUCGUCUCGCCCAUCCCACUGCACAUCGCCGCGAUGGUCAUCCUGUAUGGCCAUAUGAGCCGCUGCGACGCGCUUUCGCGGCAGAUCGCGUUGGAGGAUGUGUGGAUGGCGCUGGACAUGCUUCCGAGCUUCAGGUGGCGAUGGGAGCACAAGACGCCGUCGCAGCAGCAGGCCGCGCCUCAGCUGCACGACGGAGGAGGGCACCCGCUUAUUGCGCGGCUCGCGGAACAGGUGUUGCAUGUUAAUCUGCACCAGGCGGGCCCGUCCAGCCAGCCGCUACUGUUGCCGGAGAUGGAGUGGGAUAUGGAUCUCACGAGCCCGGUUCCUGCGCCUGCGGCGCCGCCGCAGGGGUAUUACCCUCCGUCGACGCCGUCGACGAAUGCGCCGCUCCCUGGCUCGCCGGAACGCGUACCGCAAGGACCGGUACCACAACCCGGCUCUGAGAAGAUGCCAGACGUCCCGCCCGCGCUGUUCUACCCGUACUAUACCUCGGGCGGUGCGCCUGCGGGCCCGAACGAGGCGCCCGUGAACACCACGACGAACGGCGGUGCUGGACGCGGUGUGCCGCAGGGCGGUCCUGGUAGUGCCGGCGCUGGUGCUGGGAGUGGUGGGAGCGGGGACUAUACGGCUAUUCUGGCGCAGGCGGGUGGUGGACAUCCGAGCUGGGGGACGUCGAAUGGGGAUAGUUAUGUGCUUGAAGAACGCGACGCGUGGGCGCAGCAGGUUCAGGCUGCUGCUGCGGGCGGGUAUAAUGGCAUGCCCGUUGAUCAGGCUCAACUUUGUCUGCUCUCUUCAACGACACCUUUGCUAGUCACCGCUGUCUCCAAAAUGAGUUACGUCGCUCCCAAGGGUGAAAAAGAGUACGACGCGACGGGCGCGCCCGUCCCGGCCGCCAAGAUGCACAAGAUCCGCAUCACGCUCACCAGCAGCAACGUCAAGAACCUCGAGAAGUUCUCGGGCGACCUCAUCAACCGCGCGAAGGACAAGCAGCUCCGCGUUAAGGGCCCCGUUCGUCUCCCCACCAAGGUUCUUAAGAUCACUACCCGCAAGACCCCUUGCGGUGAGGGUUCGAAGACCUGGGACCGCUACGAGCUCAAGGUGCACAAGCGCCUCAUCGACCUCCACUCGUCCAGCGAGAUCGUCAAGCAGAUCACGAGCAUCUCGCUCGAGCCCGGCGUUGAGGUUGAGGUCACCAUCUCCAACUGA